AUGUUUUUAAUUAUUUCUUUUCAUGAAUCUAUUUUUGCAGAUAAUUCUAAUAAAAACUUGACAAAAAAAAAAAAUUAUAAUGAAGAAAAUUAUUUCAAUAGAGAAGAUGUGUAUUAUAUAACUGAGGAUAAAAAAAAAUCAACGAAUUAUGAUGAUUUAUCAGAAAAUACUAAAAAUAAUUUAAUAGAUUAUAAUGAUAUAGAAAAAAUAAAUAAUUUAAAGAAUUUAAAAAUUUCAAAUUCUUUUCAAAACCUACAAAAAUCUUAUUAUGAAAAUAGUUUAAAUGAUGGAAAAUUAAAUAAACAAAUAAAAAAAAUACUAAGUUUAGCUUUAAACAUACCCAUAAACGAAAUAAAUUUACAUGAUAUUAAUUUAUUAUUAAAAAAAUGGAGAAAAAUAAACAAAAUAAAAAACAAUUCAAAUAAAAUAAGUAAUAAUGAUUACUAUUUUAAAAAAAUAAAAAAGCACAAAGUAUAUUCAAGUAAUAAUAAUAAAGAUAAAAUAAUAAGAUUACAAACCAAUAGUGAAGAAAAAAACAAAAAUAAUAUUAUAAAUGUUGAUUAUCUAAUGGAAUUAAUUUAUUAA